AUGGCUUCUGCUACUGAGCGACCGAGUCCAUUGACGGACGUUGAGAAAGAGACGGUGGUUGAGAACAACAGCGCGGGCAUCAAGAAAGUUAUGCCGAAAGGUCUUGAGGAGAAACUCCUGAAGCAUUCGCACGAUGCAGAUGCGGCGAUGAAGGCGUAUGAGGGCAUGGAAGGCCAGGUCAUUGAGUUGACCGAGGAGAAGAACCGAGCGCUUUUGAGGAAGAUUGACAUGCAUUUGAUGCCUAUCAUGUGCAUUGUAUAUGGCUUGAAUUAUCUUGACAAAACGACCCUUUCCUACGCCAGUAUCAUGGGACUCCGACUCCCUCCCUCCGAAAACAAACUAGCAUCUGGAAUUGGCCUCAAGGGAGACGAGUACUCUUGGCUCGGAAGCAUGUUCUACUUUGGAUACAUUGCGUGGGAAUACCCUACAACGCGAUUACUCCAAGUUCUCCCGCUAGGGAAAUACUCCGCCUUUAACAUCAUAAUGUGGGGUCUCGUACUCUCCUGCUUCGCAGCCGUGGAAAACUACGCCGGCGCAAUCGCCAUCCGCUUCUUCCUCGGUGUCUUCGAAGCAGCAGUUACCCCUGGCUUCGCCCUGUUCACUUCGCAAUGGUACACGAAGAAAGAGCAGGGUUCCCGCACAGGCAUCUGGUUCAGUUUCAACGGGUUCGCGCAAAUCUUCGGUGGCUGCAUCGCCUACGGCAUUGCUGUCGGAUGCCGAAAGACUGGCACUACGCUUGAGCCGUGGAAAAUCAUCUUCCUCGUUACUGGGCUGCUAACAACGUGUCUUGGAUUCUUGUUCCUCUGGAUUGUGCCGGACAACCAGUUGAACUGCAGGUGGCUGAGUAAAGAGGAUCGGCUGCUGGCUAUCGAGCGCAUCCGAGUUAAUGCGCAGGGUGUGGGUAAUAAACACUUCAAGUGGUAUCAACUAAAGGAGGCGCUGAUUGACCCAUUGAGUUGGGCAUUCUUCUUCUACGCCCUUAUCGCUGAUAUACCAAAUGGUGGCAUAUCAAACUUCUUCUCUCAACUUAUCGUUGGCUUCGGCUACACUCCCGAGCAAUCCCUUCUCUACGGCACCCCCGGCGGAGCCGUCGAAGUCGUCUUCCUCAUCGCCUGCGGCUAUGCAGGCGACAAGUAUGGAUAUCGCAUCCUGAUUUCCAUGAUUGGUCUCUGCACUGCUAUGAUCGGUAUGAUCCUCAUCGUUGCACUUCCCCUAACAAACAACUCUGGUCGUCUGGCUGGGUACUAUCUCACACAGGCUAGCCCAACGCCGUUUGUCGCGCUGCUGAGUUUGAUCUCGAGUAAUGUGGCGGGGUACACGAAGAAGACGACUGUUGCGGCUAUGUAUUUGAUUGGGUAUUGUGUGGGGAAUAUUAUUGGUCCCCAAACCUUCCGCCCAUCAGACGCCCCGCGCUACGUCCCCGCAGAAGUCACAAUCAUCGUCUGCUGGGGCGUUUGUCUCGGUAUCCUCGCCUUUAUCCACUUCUACUGCGUCUGGCAGAAUAAGAAGAAGGCGCAGAUUCGUGAGAGCCCCGAGUAUGUGAGACUGGAGAACCAAGAGUGGCUUGAUCUUACGGAUAAGGAGAACCCGGAGUUCAUCUAUACGUUGUAG